AUGUUGUCACGACGCCUUGCCCGCGCCGCGACAGCAGCUACCCCGCGCUCAGGUCUGCGUGCCUUCACCAGCACAGCUGCCCAGAGUCGCACACCCUCGCUCGGCGAUAUCGAACAUGAGAACGUCGAGUCCUUUAACAGCAAGCAGAAGGCAUUCCGGGAGCAGCUAGCGGAGGCACAGAAACAGCGGGAAGCCAGUGCGUCUCCUUCCUCUUCCAAAUCUUCUAUUCCUGGUGUUGGCCAGGGCCUGGGCUCACUUAGCACUGCAAAAGAACGCGCACAGGAACACGCCGAGAAGGAGCCCGCUCGUAAGGCGGGCCCACUGACCAACCUGAUCUAUGGCACAAAGGAGGGCCGAGAGAUGGAUGCUCAGAUCGAGGCGAGCUUCAGCCAGGUCCUUGCCCGAGGCAAGUAUGUCCACAGCAUCGUCUUCCACGAGGUGAAGCCUGAUAAGGUCGACGAAUAUGUCGAUCUUGUCGGCAAGUGGUAUCCUCGUAUGGCAUCCAUGCCAGAGAAUAAGGUUCAUCUGGUUGGAAGCUGGCGGACAGAGGUCGGCGAUUGUGACACAUUUGUGCAUAUCUGGGAAUACCAGCGCUACCAAGGCUACCAUGCCUCCCUACACUCCAUUUCUCACCACCCCGAGUUCCCGGAGUUUGACAAGAAGCUCAAGAGCUUGAUCAAGUCCAAGAAUACAUCUCUCAUGCAAGAAUUCUCGUUCUGGCCGACCACUCCUCCACGACAACUCGGCGGCGUUUUCGAGCUCCGAUCUUAUACCCUGCACCCUGGAAACCUGCUGGAGUGGGAGACUCACUGGAGGCGAGGUCUCAAGGCCCGACGAGAGGUCAUGGAAGGUGUCGGAGCUUGGUUUGUUCAGAUUGGCGACCUGAAUACGGUACACCACCUGUGGCAGUUUGCAGACUUGGAGGAGAGGAAGACUCGGGUCCGCACUCUCAACCCGGACUUUCUCCCGGACGAGAACCUCUGCUUGGGUCUUAUCAUCGCCGCCGUCUCCCCUCUCAUCGUGAGAUCUGCUGCCAUUACUACCUUCGAUGUGCGUACCCUCAGGAUGCGGACAUGUAACGAUCUAAUUCUAACAUACCCCUUUGACAAUGCGUGUGCCAACUCGAGUUACAUGGCCCUUUACGAGCUCAUUUCGUGGCGUACUAACAACCAAGGUGCUGCCGGGAUCAAGAGGUGCAAGCAGUGCAUAGCAGUGCUCCAGACCAUGCUUGAGGUUCUGGAGGGUUUCGUGGAGCUCGUCAAGCAGCCAUUCUAA